UCUAUUAAUUAAAUGGCCUAGCAACUCUCAGAAAAAUCCCAGAAAAGAGCCGGAAACUCUGCUUCUUAGCUGGGUUUCAUUUGUUUUUGUUGUUGAGUAGCUGCGCGGUGCUGAAGAGGCAAUGGGGAGAGGAAAGUUUAAGGGAAAGCCCACUGGCCGUCGCCAAUUCUCCACUCCAGAGGAGAUGAUGGCUGGUACCCCUGCAUCUCGCCCGCGCACAUUUAGACAGGAAGAAGCUGAAGUAGAGAAAGAUGAGAGAUUUGGUAACGAGUCCAGUGAGGAGUCUGAAGGGUCUGAAAAAGAACAAAGGCGGGUGGCUCCACGCAGCCUGAUUGAGAUUGAGAAUCCAAAUCUAGCCAAGCCUAAGAAUCUGAAAGCCAAGAAUGCUGAUACUGAGAAAACAACUGAACUUUCGAGGCGUGAGAGGGAAGAGAUAGCGAAGCAGAAAGCUCAUGAGCGAUUCAUGAGGCUCCAAGAACAAGGCAAAACAGAACAAUCAAGGAAAGAUUUAGAACGAUUGGCUCAGAUAAGGCAACAGAGAGCUGAAGCUGCCAAAAAAAGGGAACAGGAGAAAGCUGCCAGAGAACGAAAGAAGUUGGAAGCUCAGAAAUGAGUAGUCUUUCGACAUUACUCGCUCACAAUUUGUCACAGGAACCAACUGAAUUACUCGUCCUGACGAUAUGUUAAUUGGCGUUGGCGGUUAGACAUAAAGUAAUAAAUACUGGACAUAUGUUUGGUACAAUAAAAAUAAUGUUUCAUUGUA